GACACAUGACAUAUGUGGCCGUUAUAUACAAAACUUUUUGAACUAAUUGUGUUGUUUUUUAGUUAGUAUUCAGGUUUUUACUUUUUACAUUGGUUUUUGUAGUUUGGUUCCAUAAAUUAUAGACUAUUUUCAGAAGUUUACAAUCCUUUGUGUGUGGACAAACAUGUCGAGUAUGACGCAAAAAAGAAAAACUCCUCAGCACUUACAAAAUGUGAAAGUGGUAGUAAGAAUUAGGCCUUUAAGUAAACAAGAGGAGGAUCAAAAUGUAAAGAGUGUUAUAACGACUCAUACUCACAGAGAAUUAGUUCUUAAGGAGAAAAAGUAUAGUUUUGACAGAGUUUUCAAAUCAACAGCUACACAAAUUGAAUUAUAUUUGCACGUUAUUGCCCCUUUGAUUCAAGAUGUGAUUGAAGGAUAUAAUUGUACUGUGUUUGCAUAUGGACAAACUGGUACUGGAAAAACUUAUACUAUGACUGGAGAUAAAUGCAAUCUAGUUGGAAAUUGGAGGGAGGAUAUACAUGCAGGUGUAAUUCCCAGAGCAGCUUUUCAUAUUUUUCAUGAACUUGACAAAUUGUCCAAUGUAGAUGUAAAUGUUAAAGUUUCAUACAUUGAAUUAUAUAAUGAAGAGAUUAGAGAUCUAUUAAGUGACAAUGAGAAUAUUUUACAGAUGUACAGCGACAACAAGGGAGCAGUAACAAUUCAUGGCUUGACAGAAAUUUCUGUCCACAAUGGCGAAGGUAUUUGUAAAUAUUUGCAACGAGGUAUUUUUAAGAGACAAAUAGCUCCAACACUCAUGAAUCAUCAGAGUUCAAGAUCUCAUACAGUCUUCACAAUUUCAAUAAAUACCAGAGAAACCACUAUAUGUGGCGAUGACAUUUUAAAAGCCGGAAAAAUAAAUCUAGUAGAUCUAGCUGGUAGCGAAAAUAUAGCGAAAUCAGGAUGUAAAGAAAUAAGAGCUGUGGAACUUGCAAAUAUAAAUAAAUCGCUGUUGACCCUUGGACGAGUUAUACAUGCCUUAGCUGACAAAUCUAAUAAACAUGUACCCUAUAGGGACUCAAAAUUGACGAGAAUCCUGCAGGAUUCUCUAGGAGGACACACAAAGACUGCUAUAAUUGCCACAGUAUCCCCAGCGUUAAAUUCACAUGAGGAGACCUCAAGUACUCUAGAAUAUGCUUCCAGGGCCCGAGAUAUUAAAAAUACUCCUACAGUGAAUGAAAAAAUGACAAAGAAUGAGGUGAUUGAAGGUUUAGUAAAGGAGAUUGAUAAAUUACAGAAAGAUUUGGACGCUGCAAGAUCAGGAACAGGCUUUUAUGUCAACAAGGAGAACUAUGAAAAAAUGAUAGACGCUAUUGUAGCAGUAACAGGAGAACAUAUCACACCAGAUGAGUUGAUGGACAGGAAAGCAGAGAGAAUUAAAAGCUUAGAGGAUCGUUUAUAUUCCAGGAUGAGGGAAUUCGAUGAAACUGUAGAACAAUGCAAAAAACACAAGGAAGAGUUAGAAAACGCGAUGGCCAUGAUAAAAGAUAAAGACAAUAUACUCGAACAAGAAAAAUUUCUCUCAAAAUGGUUCGAAGAUCAAACCAGCGAAAAAUUAGAAGAGGCGCAAAAGCUACUCUCGGCAACCAAAACUUUGCACAGCGAAAAAGAAAUAUUGUUGGCUAAACUGGAACAUCAAUUUAACAUAAAUGUUUCUAAUCAAAAACUUACGCACACUGCAGUUUCAAAUGCCGUAUCUAUGUUAGACGAAUUUGGAAGUCAGGAGUCUAAACGAAUCAAACUAUCUGAAAAGAAAGUCAAAGAGCAAGUUGAAAAAAACGUUCUUGAGUUGCAGAGAAAUUUCCAUGAUACUUCCAACUCGAUUAAGAAGUUACGGGAGGAUUGUGAGACCAGAAUACGAGAAUACAAAAAUGGGUUUUCCAUCAAAAAGACCAUAUCAGUGAAAUCGAAAUAUUACCUAGAUACAAUGAGGGAAAAAACUAGAGUCGUAGAAGAUGUUCUAUCCCAAUAUGCACAACAACUGGAUUUGGUUAAAUCGGAGGUUCCUAAGAUGGAAGAAAGCUACAGACAAAACUCAAUAAAAUAUUUUGAUGAAGCAUUGACGUUAAUUAAAUUAUCCGACGAUAUAACUAGCCGUAUAAAUUCCGAACAAACUAGAAGACAUCACGAGAAUCUUGAUCACACAGAAAAAACAUUGACAGAAAGGAUAAAAGAAAAUGAAUCUUUAAUAGCUCUAUUACAGAAGAGAAUAAACGAAGACAGUAUUACAUUAAAAAGAAUUCAAGUAGAUAGAGACAGUGUUGCUAAUGCUGAAGAGAGGACGAGAGAAUGUCUUUUAGAAAGGGCCAAUAAUCUGGAAAAAUUAUCAAAAGAAGCACUAGAAGGGCUGCAGAGCUGUUACCAGCUACCUAAGUUAAUUGCAAUACAAAAUGCCAAAAUACAAGAGCUACAGGCUGUGAUACAAGAAUUUGAAAACAAAUUGAAUGAGAUUUCUUCGGUUCUAAAUAAAAAACAUGAAGAAAUUACAGAAUACACAAUAGAGACGUUUAAUACAUCAAUAUCAAACACCUGCAAAAGUAUAGAAGAAGCGAUGGAUGAAAAAAUUAAAAAUUUGUUAAAUAGUGUAGAUAUGGUGGUAGGAAAAACUGAUACAGUGGAUUCGUUCACAAAGUUCAUCUGUCAUAUGAAAGAAGUGCUCGUCCAACAAAUACUAGACAAAAACGUUAAAGCAAAACACGUAGGCGAUACUCCCGUCCGACAAUCCACGAGUUACCCCCUCAGAAUAAAAGAAGUGGCUCCUCGAGAGGCUCUCAUAGAAAAGUUUAAACAAUCGACGGAACAGAAAAUGGAAGAAAGCGAUAUAGAUUAUUGAACAUAAUCAGUGAAAACGUAUGAUACUAUUUAUUGCUUGUUUUAUAUUCACACACAGUGAUUUUUUAAUUUUUUUUAAUAGAAAAAAUAUGUUCGCCU